CUGGGAUCGGAGCCUCGUAGGGCAGCUGGACUCAAGGUCUAUAUGAACUAACCUGCCCAGUACCGCGGUAGCCGGAGUUGGAAGAGAUGAGCGGAACGGAAGGGUCGUGGGGCGUCUGCUGGGCGCUUGUGACGGGCGCCUCUCGGGGUCUGGGCGCUGCCAUCUGCGAGGGCGUGGCGCCACUCCUGGGGGAGGGCUCUCGCAUGGUGGGCGUGGCUCGCACUGCGGGGGGCCUCGCCAACACAGAGGGCCAGCUCAAGAAGGCCAGUGCCAAGGUCGAGUUCAUCCCAGUCGAGCUAGACUUAAGCGUGGCAAGCAAGACUGACAUGGAGACUGCUCUCAAACUACACUUCGGGGGCGAGGAUGUGCCUAGUCCCUCCCGCGUUCUGAUCUUCCACAAUGCUGGGUCUCUUGGUCAUCUCAAGUACCUGAAAGACCAGGUGGAUCAGCAGCACGUCCAGCAGUAUUUUAAUCUGAAUGUGAGCUCGGUUGUGACACUCAAUGCUGUAUUCAUGGGUAUGGUGCGAUCGCUGGCUCCAAGUGCAGCCAUAGAGGUGAUAAAUAUAUCAUCUCUGUGUGCAGUACAGCCCUUCAAGUCGUGGGGCUUAUACUGUGCCGGAAAAGCAGGCAGAGAUAUGUUGUUUAGGGUCUUGGCUUCUGAAGAACCUAAUGUGACGGUGUUGAACUAUGCUCCAGGACCUCUCGAUAAUGAUAUGCAGGUGGCUGCGCGCACGGAGACAGCUGAUGACGAUCUACGUUCUGCCUUUUCCUCCAUGAAGAAUGAGGGAAAACUCCUUCCCUGUAGCACGUCCGUUGGCAAACUUAUAGACAUUUUGAACAGCAAGAAAUUCAAGUCCGGAGAUCAUGUUGAUUAUUAUGAUGAAUUGUAAAGCUCUGGUGUUGAUUUAAAUGUAAAAAAAAUCAAUGUUGUUGUAUUCAAUUUCUUGCAGAUUCUAUGAAGUGGAAAUUUGAUUAAGAAGGGUUAAGGGAAAAGCGAAUUCAUAUUCAUAUUUAAUACCAAUGCCUCAGUAUACACAGUUUAUAAAAAAAUAGAAAUAAAAGAAAGACAGUUUAUGCUGAAUCUCGCAAUGAAACACCAGUUUUAUCAUUUGAUUUAUUGCUUUAUUUUUUUUUUUGUAAUGGUUUGAAACGAAGUUCAGUGUGGCAUGCUGGUGUUCAUGCCUGUUGUUUUUAUUUUUGUUUUUUUGUUUUUUGCAAGAUAGUAUAUGUUGAUUUUUUUGACAGAUAGUAUACAUUGAAUUAUAUUUUGCUCUCCAAUAUUUUUUAGAAUAAAUAUGAUUAGUA